AUGAUUUGUCAUUUACCUCAGCAAAGGAAUAUGGGAGCAUCUAAAAUAGUAGUUUUCUCUGGAAGCUGACUGACAUUCACGGAGUCUGAAAGCAUAGCUCUUCUCUGCCUUUAACGAGGAGCAAAUGCCGUCCCCCCGGCGAGGAGCAGCGCUUUCCCGCGUCCCUCAGGGCGCCACGUGACCACAGCUCGGCAACUCCAGGGGGGGGCACCCCCUGCCGGAGACCGCCAGAGCUCCGGGAGCCGCCCCACCCGGAAGAGCCCGGCCCGCGGACGCGGCGAGCAGCCAAUGAGGGAACAGCACACGGCGUUUCCAGGCGAGCGCAAGCCCCGGGGGCGGGACUUCCGGUCUCAUCCGCCAGGAGGUCUCUCUGCCUCAGGUUGGGUCUGUUUGUCCCGUAAGCUGCCGGAGCGCGCGUCAGGCUCCGGUGACCGGCCGUGAAGACGCGAGGGGAGGCGCUGUCCUCGCCGCACGCGGUCGAGUCCGGGUGUCCGCCCACCUCCGGCCUCGCUCGGCCCAGCGAGUCCGAUGGCGGCGGCCGCGCGCAGGGGCCCGGCUCCGGGUGGUGUGACCUUUGAGGACAUUGCCGUGUACUUCUCCUGGAAGGAGUGGAGGCUUCUUGAUGAGGCUCAGAGACAGCUGUACCACCAUGUGAUGCUGGAGAACUUUACACUUAUAUCCUCACUGGGUUGUUGCUGUGGAGCAGAGGAUGAGGAGGCACCCUUUGCCCAGAGCACUUCUGUAGGCGUGUCACAGACCAGGACGCCCAAGGCAGCUCAGUCUUCCCGGAAGACCCACCCUUGUGAGAUGUGUGGUCCAGUCUUGAGAGGCAUUUUCCACUUGGCUGCGCACCAGGGAAAAGAAAACAGCCAGAGACUGUUGAGGUGUGGGGCCUGUGGGAAACGAUUUUAUUUCAUUACUGACUUCAGAAAACAUGAGAAACAGCACAUGGGAGAGAAACCCUUCAGAAGCCGUGUGGACAGGGCCUCUGUUGUGAAGAGCUGGGGAUUCCAUGGUGCAGGAAAGCCCCUUACCUGUGGAGAAGUUCAGAAGGACUUCCUGUCUGGCUCGGGGCAUCUGCAGCAAGAGGCCAUUCGUACUGGGGAGAAGCCACACAUGAUCACCCAGUGCAGGGCAACUUUACAAAGCAGAAAAAGUCAUGACCCCUGGGGAGAAUGCAAGAACGUCUUUGGUCCCAAACACACACAUAGUCAGGACCAGGGUGUCCACCUUGGAAGACAGUCCUUUGUGUGCAGUGAAUGCGGGAAAGCAUUCAGGUACAAAUCCUUAUUUGCCAUACACCAGAGAUCCCAUACUGGAGAAAGAUAUCAUGAGUUUGGUAAAUGGCAAACACCAACCCGGAAUGAACAUGGAAAGACUCACAGUGCAUCCAGACAGUACACGUGCAGCAAAUGUGGGAAAUCCUUAGGCCACAAAUCUGUUCUCAUUCAUCCCCAGAGAUGGCACAGUGGAGUGAAGAGUUACGUUUGCAGUGGAUGUGCAAAAGCUGUUAGCUGUAGCUCAGUGUUGAUUACUCAUAGGAUUCAACCUGGAGAAAGGUUUUAUAAGUGUCGUGGCUGUGCAAAAUCUUUUCCCUCUAUGUCUGCCCUCUCAUAUCAUCAGAGAUCUCAUGCAGGAGAAAGACAGUAUGAGUGCAGUGAUUGUGGGAAAUCUUUUACCAGCAGUUCUGUCCUCCAUUAUCACCAGAGAGUUCAUAGUGGAGAAAGGCCUUAUCAGUGCAGUAAAUGUGGCAAGUCCUUUCUCCGAAGAAAUAGCCUCAAUGUACAUAUAAAGGUUCACUCAGGUGAAAGGCCUUAUAAAUGUAACGCAUGUGGGAAAUCUUUAAAGUGUAAGUCAGCAUUCAUUAAACACCAGAGCGUUCACACAGGAGAAAGGCCUUAUGAGUGCAGCGAAUGUGGCAGGUCUUUUCUCCGAAGAAAUACACUGAAUGUACACAUAAAGGUUCAUUCAGGUGAAAGACCUUAUAAAUGUAACGAAUGUGGUAAGUCAUUUAAGUUUAAGUCAACAUUCAUUAAACACCAGAGAAUUCACACAGGGGAGAGGCCUUAUGAGUGUAGUGAAUGUGGGAAAUCUUUUAUCUCUAGGACUGACCUACGGUAUCAUCAGAGAAUUCACACAGGAGAGAGACCUUAUCAGUGCAGCGAAUGUGGCAAGUCCUUUGUCCGAAGAAAUAUCCUCAAGGUACACAGAAAGGUUCACUCAGGUGAAAGGCCUUAUAAAUGUAAUGAAUGUGGGAAAUCUUUGAAGUGUAAGUCAUCGUUGAUUAAACACCAGAGAAUUCACACAGGAGAAAGGCCUUAUGAGUGCAGUGAAUGCGGGAAGUCUUUUAUCACUAGUUCCGUGCUUCAUUCUCACCAGAGAGUUCACACUGGAGAAAGGCCUUAUGAAUGCAGUGAAUGUGGGAAAUCUUUUACCACUAGUUCUGUCCUCCGUGAUCAUCAGAGACUUCACACUGGAGAAAGGCCUUAUGAAUGCAGUGAAUGUGACAAAACUUUUACUACAAGUUCUGCCCUCCAUUAUCAUCACAGAGUUCACACUGGAGAGAGACCUUAUGCAUGCAGUGAAUGUGGCAAGUCCUUUGUCCGAAGAAAUAGCCUGAGUGUGCACCUGAAAGUUCACUCAGGUGAAAAGCCUUAUAAAUGUAAUGUAUGUGGGAAAUCAUUGAAGUGUAAGUCAACAUUCAUUCAACACCAGAGAAUUCACACAGGAGAAAGGCCUUAUGAGUGCAGUGAAUGUGGGAAAUCUUUUUCCGCUACCUCUGUCCUUCGUUCUCACCAGAGAGUACACACGGGAGAGAGACCUUAUGAAUGCAGUGAAUGUGGAAAAUCUUUUACGUCUAGUUCUGCCCUCCGUUCUCACCAAAGAGUGCACACCGGAGAAAGGCCUUAUGAGUGCAAUGACUGUGGCAAGUUCUUUCUCCACAGAAAUAGCCUCAAUGUACACAUCAAGGUUCACUCAGGUGAAAGACCCUAUAAAUGUAAUGAAUGUGGGAAAUCUUUGAACUAUAAGUCAACAUUCAUUCAACACCAGAGAAUUCACACAGGAGAAAAGCCUUAUCUGUGCAGUGAAUGUGGGAAGUCUUUUAGUCAUAGCUGUGCCCUCCGGUACCAUCGUCAGAGUCACCUUGGAAUAAGUCCUUAUGAUUGUAGUGAAUGUGGGAAAUCUUUUACCACUAGUUCUGUCCUUCGUGAUCACCAGAGACUUCACACUGGAGAAAGGCCUUAUGAGUGCAGUCAGUGUGGGAAAUCUUUCACCACUCGUUCUGUCCUCCGUUCUCAUCAGAGAGUUCACUCUCGGGAAAGGCCUUAUGAGUGCAGUGAAUGUGGCAAGUCCUUUGUCAGAAGAAAUAGCCUCAAUGUACAUGUAAAGGUUCAUUCAGGUGAAAAGCCUUAUAAGUGUCAUGAAUGUGGGAAAUCUUGGAAGUGUAAGUCGACGUUCAUAAAACAUCAGAGAAUUCAUACAGGAGAAAGGUCUUUUGCUUGCAGUGAAUGUGGGAAAUCUUUUUUCAGUCAUGAUGCUCUCAGUUACCAUCACAGAGUUCACAGUGGCAACAGGCCUUAGGGGUGCUGCUGUUGUAGGGAAUCUUUCAGCUGUAUCUUCAGUCUCCUUCAACAGGAGGAAAUACAAUUAAUAGAGUCCUUAUGGGCAGUAUUACGAACUGAAUGUUUAUGUUCACUAAAAUUGAUAUGUUCAAUCCCUAUCCUCUAAUUCAAUAGGAUUAGCAUGUGAUGUCUUGGGAGAUAAUUCAAAGAUACAGUUUCAUAAAAAUCUGAAUUAACCCUGGAGUGAGGUCUCAUGAGUAUGUGAAUGACACAAUUCCUUUAGCUCAUUAUCUGUCUUCAUUCCACACUACAGAGUUCACACUGCAGAAAGAGUUAAAAUAUCAUAGAACGUGAGGCAGCCACCUCCCUGAAUGGAACUUUGUUCACCUGAAUGUCUGCAGUUCAGUGACUUUCCAUAAGUUCCAGUCUUUUGGGAAAUAUUCAGAAGUUGCAUAUUGCGUUCUGAUGUGUCUGAAGUUAUUGCUAGAAAUCACUGCCAGAUUCCAUGGCAGAAGUCAUCUCUGCCACCUGGAUGGUCCCAAUAACGUGUCAGUCACCACCCAAUAUGCUUAAGAAUGCUAACCUCUCCUUUGUCAUUUGCUGAUGGAAAUGAUGGGUAAUUGAGCCUCUUCAUUUCCUUCUGAUUUUGGUCAUGCAUGUGACCCAGUGUUGACCAUCAGUAUCUGAUCUGUGUUCUGGGUGGUUACUUGCACAGGAAGACUAAAUCUCUUAGGGACUUGGUCUUACCAUGCUUCUGAUAAAUCUUUGCAGCUUCCAAGUCAGUAACAGGAAUUGGAUGCCACUUGUUGCUCUGGUUUAUGCAUGAAUAGAUGUCUUUUUUAUUUAAUUACCUGUUAUCUUAGGUGUUGUGUUCCCUCUAAGGAGUGGUUUGAAAGCAGAAUUGGGCUCUGCCCGCAUGUAGGAGUGAACAGAUUUCACUGUAUUCCAAAUUUAUUGUGUCGCAGAGAAGAUAAUAUCUACAUACAUACAACAUUAGUAUUCUCCAGCCCGGGCCUUAAUUUGCAUUAACUCUAAAACCUAUCUGAUGGGCUGAAUGUGCACCCACAAUUCGUAUUUUGAAGUUAUAACCCCCACAACCUCACAAUGUGACUAUAGUUAGAUAUAGCAUCUUCAUAGAGAUCAUAAGUUGAAAUGGGUUAUUAGGAUGGACUCUUACUCAGUUUAGCUCGCUUCAUGAUAAGAAGAGAUGAGGAUAUAGGCACACACGGUUGACUGUGAAGGUAGGGAAUCCUCAUCUACAAGCCAUCCCAGAACCCUUGAGUUCACAACCUGAGCUGAAAGUGGAUGCUUAACUGACUGAGCCACCCAGACACCCCUCUUACCUUUUACUUUGGUCAUUCGCCUCUGACGUUGUCAUACAUAUAUGUCCCGUUCAGUCUUCAGUACUGUUUUCUUCUCUGGAUGUGUACCACUAUUGAUCUCUUCAUCUGUUUGGAGCAUGUGGGUUAUUUCCAGUGUUUCCCUUUCACAAACGAAUCCCUUAUUAUGAAAGUUAUAUUUUCAUUAUAAUUCCUUAUGCAGAUAGAGGUUUUAUUUUUCUUCUAUUAAGACUCAAAGCACAAUGGCUAAGUCACAGGUAGGUGAGUGUUAACAUUUUCAUGAAAGGGCCAAAAUGGGAUCUAAACUAUUCACCACUGCAUUCCCACCAGGCAUAUGUGAGAGUUGCAGUAUCUUCAGUCCCUGACAGUACUUGAUAGGGCCAGUCUUUAAUGUCAGCCCUUUUAAUGCAUGUGUAGUGCUAUGUUGUAAUUGCAUUUCCUAGGGAUUUCUGAUUUUCAGCAUUUUUUCAUGUGUUUAUUUACCACGUGUAUAUCUUUUGUGGUGCAAUUUCUGUUCCUAUCAUUUGCCUAUUUUCCUUGAUGUGAGUUAUGUGAGUUUCUUUGUAGUUCCCUUUUUAAUUACAAAUAAGAUAUGCACACAACAAAGAUACAUGUUGGAAUUUUCCUCAUUCACACAUGGUGUGACAUUGUUCUCAGUGGAGUCAUAGUAAUACUGGAAGGCUAUUUCUUCAUUAUUUUUCCUGAGAUUUUUUGUGUCCUGCACAAUGUCAUAGCCCAAAAUACCUUACACAUUUAAGUCUAGGGUGCAUUCUUACCAUUAUGUCCUCAUUUUCUUCUUAAAUCCAGCCAUUCAGAAAAACAAAACUCCAUCUCCGCUUUGUAGUGUUUGCCAAUUUCCAGAGUGUAAAUUCUUUGAGAGCAGGAUAUGCUUAGAAAAAGGUGCAGAAUAACUAUGUGGGUGUUUGGUGGAAAACCACUCACUGGGGGCUGUGAGCUGGCUGGAGGUCUGCAGGAACCUCACAGGCAGGGGACCUUAAUCCUGACAGGCCAGAGGGGAGGGACGUCCCUGAACACCCUGACUGGUGACUGAAAAUCUGGCUGGUCUCAACCUAGUAGUGGCAGUUUUGUCAGGCAUGCCCACCGAGUUCUGAGUUGUUUUCUCCCAUCCCGCCCAGUACACUGAAAGAACUUCUCACCCUGGAGCACCAUCCUCCAAGUGAUUUUUUUUUUUUUUAAGAUUUUAUUUAUUUGACAGAGACACACCGAGAGAGGGGACACAAGCAGGGGGAGU